GAGACCUGACCGGUAUGUUGAGUCGCUGACAACUGAAAGUUCCGCACCAGAUUUCAGCAUUCUCCAUCUCGUCUUCCUUGAAGCCAAGCUGCACCAUCUAGUCCGCCGAGGCUUGUACGAGAUCUAACCGCAACUUCUGCGCCUCACAACCACUGGACGCUGGACAAUCUGGAUCAAUACUGUACUUCUUGCCGAAGGAUGUCGUACGGUUCCGGUAACCAGGCACAAUGCAGAUCUGGAUCUCUGUGGCUUUGGAUGCCGGCUUUGUCCUAAUGUCAAACGCAUAUCGCGAUGGUGCGUUUGGCCUCCUUUGGUCAAAAUUUAACGACAAUCGGCACAGCAUCAAAUUUCCAAGCUCGGAGCCAACAUGCCCCUCACAUAUAUAAGGGUGGCGUAUUUGACAACAAAAUUUCACACUUCCCCUCUAACGCCUCAAGAUUAACCAAAGUCCCUUGCAUCUCUCAACGUUUUAUCUUGUGGACUACCGCUACGAGUCAUCUUCGAUCAAAAUGCCUGCCAUUCGCCGCACUUCCGGUUCUUACUAUGACCGAAUUUUCAAGAAGUUAAUCUCACCUCGUGGUCCAUCCAAAGGACACCUUUUUGGUUGCCGAUACACGGGCUGUACUUAUAAGAGCACACAAAGAGGAAACCUCAAAACUCACACCAAAAUCCACUUUGGACUGAAGGACAUUCGAUGCGAACACGCUUUCACAACAAAGGAUGGCUGCAUCGUCGCGCCAAUCGUACGAUGUAACUUCAGAACGGGGGACCUUGCAUCCUACAUACGCCACGGAAACAGAAUUCACCCCGGCCAAGAAAAGGUUGCCGAUAAGAGGUUCGAUCCUGACGUUAGUCUUGACCUAGACAUGACGCUCGUGCAUGAGUUGUCCAGAGAUUGUGUCUCUGAGACAUUCAACUGUUCCGAAUUGUCUGAUACGCAAGCCUCUUUUGCUGAGUCUUCACACCCUGAGACUGUUUACUCACAUCCUUGCCAUACACCUCCCCCGGAGUAUUCAUCUAUUCCUGGUUCUCCUGCGCUUUCUUCAUUCAGUUUCGAGGGGCUUCCGCAUGCUUUCGCCUCAACAUCGUCUAGGGCUGAGGUCUUGCCAUUCCCUCUCAUGGACUCUACCCCCAGCUUCGGCCGCCUGUACAACAAUUCCGGAGCCAGUGGACUCUUCAGCAGAUCGUCGAUGGCUAAUAUGUUCGCAAUCUCCUCACUUCAUCCCCCAUCGAACGUCUCAUUUGUGCCAUCUCCGGCGAAGAACAUGCGUACUAACAAGGUCCUGUCCCCUGUUGAGCGCACCUCCUUCAACAAUAUGUUCUUACUGGUGCCAGGUUCUAUGCCUACCCCGAACGAGUGGGAUGCCUUCUCGAUGUUAGGAUAUCCAACCGUCCCCUGCUCUGGACUGAUCCCCACAGCUGCUUCAACGCUAUCGACGUACUUCCACUCGUCUUUAGGAGAAAACAGCUCGUAUUCACUAUUCUCUCAAUCAAAUGUUUUCUGGUCACUUGACACGCCGUUUUCUUUCUGAUACCCCUUCUCUUUGCCUCCAGCAUCUCCCCUCGGUAAUCAUCCCUAUCUCUUGACACUCGAUCAGCUUUCUAUCGUAGAAUUCUCAAUGCCCUGGUCUGCUGACUGCUAUCAUCUUGGCUAUAGAUCUCCUUAAUCAUUUGAUAUCUUUAUUGUUUUCACCGUCGUUCAAUACACCUUUUCACCUUUGUGGUGGUGUACAUCUUUAAUAUGAGCUGUGCUGCAAUU